AUUUGUUACACCGCUGGUAAGACCGCACCGGAGCGUUUACGAUGAUGAUAAAAGCGUGAUCGGGAGGGCGCAGGCACGAUAGAUCCUGGUUGUUUACUCUGGAGAGACCGUUUCUUAGUAAACUCUCUGUUAUUUGUCUGUUUUUGACAGGGGUGAGAGAUGUCGGGAUUUGACAAUUUCAACACAGACUUCUACCAGUCCAGCUACAGUGUGGACGACCAGGGCCAGCAGGGCUAUGGGUACAGCAAUGACCCUUACAACAAACAGUACAAUCAGUAUGACUACUCCCAGCCCAUGGCGUACUCCGACCCGGGAAUGAUGCAGCCCCAGCAGCCGUACACAGGACAGAUCUUUCAGCCCACACAGACCUACACACCGUCAGCCUCACAGUCCAUGUACCACAGCACCUUCGAUGAUGAACCCCCACUGCUAGAAGAAUUAGGCAUCAACUUUGACCACAUCUGGCAGAAGACGCUGACAGUAUUACACCCGCUGAAGGCAGCAGACGGCAGCAUCAUGAACGAGACAGACCUGGCUGGGCCCAUGGUCUUCUGUUUGGCGUUUGGAGCCACACUUCUUCUGUCGGGUAAGAUCCAGUUCGGGUAUGUGUACGGCAUCAGUGCCAUCGGCUGUCUGGGCAUGUACUGUCUGCUGAACCUGAUGAGUAUGACGGGCGUGUCUUUCGGCUGCGUGGCCAGUGUUUUGGGGUACUGCCUCCUUCCCAUGAUCCUCCUCUCCAGCUUCGGAGUCCUCUUUUCACUACAGGGCAUGCUGGGAGUCAUUUUAACAGCUGGUAUAAUCGGUUGGUGCAGUCUCUCGGCUUCAAAGAUUUUCAUCUCCGCUCUUGCCAUGGAUGGACAGCAGCUAUUAGUGGCCUACCCCUGUGCUCUCUUGUACGGAGUCUUCGCCCUCAUCUCUGUCUUUUAAAGAAAAUCAUGAAAUUCCAAAAUAACCUUGCCCUGAUUUCUGUAAUUUCUGUGCAAUUUGCAGAUGUAUAAUUAUCAUAGCUAUUGCAUAAUUACACAGCUAUUACAGAUAGAAAGCAGCGAGCAGAGUCCAAAAAUGGCACCAAGGAUGUUUUUUUUUCUGUUUUGGUCCAAGCAUUCGCCUCUCCCUGCAUUUUCACCUGUCCACCUGCAAAUGGUUGUUCGUGUUGCGUUCACUUGUCACCGUGAUAGAGAAGAGACUGUCCACCAACCGGGUUUUAAAGAACUUUCUGCAGAAAUUGGACCAAAACUGUUCUAUGACAUUAAGGAUGACAAGAGAAGGAAAGUGAAAGAGGAACUAUGAGAUUGCACAACGGGCAAAGGAGGAGCCAUAAAUAAAGGUUUUCAAAUGGACCGUAAGAAAGGUGUUUGCAACAGUAAUUUAAGCCACUAGGAUAUACCGUGUUUUUUCAGGUGUCUACAUCUCAUGCAACCCCAAAUCCUCAAACGCUGGAGUUAAAACAAAAAUAAAAAAUAAAAGACGAAGCGAUUCAGGAAAUGUGUAACUAUUCUGCUUUUAGACGACAUGAAGAGCUAACAGUUUAUACCAAUAUAGUUUAAACACUCCUCCAGCAGUUUUAAAUACAUGUACAAAUAAAUUCUGUAAGAUUUC